GUAUACCUGAACUUGUAUUUUGCAUGUAUUUUAUCCACUAUUUUCAUGUGCUUCUAGUUGGAGGCCAGGCACUUCUUUAUCAUAUUAGAUCACCAUUUGUGGGGAAAUAUUUAGGCUUAAAUAAGAAAAACAGCUUCAGAAGAAUGAAAAAUGGAUCAGAAUAAGGAAAUCAAGAAGGAGGAAGACAACGCAUACACAAGAAACCAUGUCUAAAUGAAUAAGAAAAAGAAAAGCGUGUAUCAGCAAACCCAAGCAGUUCUGUGCAAGAAUUUUCUUAAGAAACAGAGGAUGAAAAGACAGAGCUUGUUGGAAUGGGGCCUCCCGAUACUUUUAGGACUGUAUAUGGGCCUAUUUUCAUAUCUCAAAGAAAACGACCAUAUUCCUGAAACACCUUCUCAGGAUCUGGGAAGAGCAGAUAAAUUUAAUAGCUCUUACAUAAUGGUUGUGUACACACCAGUAUCUAAUGUAACCCAGCAGAUAAUGAAUAAAACGGCAUCUGCUCUCUUUUUGAAAGAAAGAAGAGUCAUUGGGGUACCAGAUAAAAAAUCCAUGGAUGCAAUUAUUCUAGAAAAUUUCCCAAACACUGUGGGAAUCAUCUUCAAUGACACUUUCUCAUAUAAGCUAAUGUUUCUUCAGGGAUAUAACAUUCCGUAUGUGAAAGAAGAUUUCUCAGCUCAUUGCUGGAGUGGAUAUUACGGGACUUCAUGUGCACAGGCCCUCUAUUGGAAAAGAGGAUUUGUGACUUUACAAACUGCCAUUGAUGCUGCUAUUAUAGAAAUUACAACAAAUCACUCUGUGAUGGAGGAGUUACUGUCGGUUACUGGUAUAAAUAUGAAGAUACUGCCUUUUCUUUCUAAGUAUAUAUUUCAAAAUGAGAUGUUUAUUUUCUACUGCUUGAUUUAUUUCUCUCCAUUUAUAUAUUUUGCAUCACUCGAUGUUACAAAAGAAAGAAAAAUGCUUAAGAACUUGAUGAAAAUGAUGGGUCUACAAGAUUCGGCAUUCUGGCUCUCUUGGGGUUUAACCUAUGCUGGAUUCAUCUUCUUUAUUUCCAUAUUAAUUACAAUUGUCAUAACAUCUACCCAAAUUAUAGUCAUGACGGGCUUCAUGGUCAUAUUUACACUAUUUUUUCUAUUUGGCUUAUCUUUGAUAGCGUUAGUGUUCCUGAUGAGCGUGUUGUUAAAGAAAAGCAGCCUCACUAGCGUGGUUGUAUUUCUCCUGAUGCUCUUUUGGGGAUUUGUGGGAUUCACUGCAUUACAUAAACAACUUCCUUCAUCAUUGGAGUGGAUCUUGAGUAUUUGUAGCCCCUUUGCCUUCACUGCUGGGUUGGCUCAGAUUAUCCACUUGGAUUAUAAAUUGAAUGGUGUAAUUUUUCCUGAGCUUUCAGGAGAGUCGUAUAUAAUGACAGGAACUUUUUCAAUGUUGGCUUUUGAUGGUCUUUUCUACUUGGUACUGGCAUUAUACUUUGACAGAAUCUUACCCUAUGGAAAUGAGCGCCGUUAUUCUCCAUUGUUCUUCCUGAACUCAUCACCUUGUUUGCAACGCCAAAGAACUGACUAUGAGGUCAUUGAGAAGGAAAUCGACCCUGAGCAUUCCACUGAUGAUUGCUUUGAACCAAUAGCUCCAGAAUUCCAAGGAAAAGAAGCCAUCAGAAUCAGAAAUAUUAAAAAAGAAUACAAAGGAAAGUCUGGAAAAGUGGAAGCGUUGAAAGAUCAUAAGAUUUUUCAAACCAGUGACAUUAUUAUUAUUAUCUCAUUUUGUUUGUUCCAUAAGGCCAAUUUGUACAGAAAUGAAGCAUGUGAUCCAGAAAAAAUAACAUCCUUCAUUAAUCAUCACAUCCCUGAUGCUAAAUUAAAAACAGAAAGCAAAGAAAAGCUUGUGUAUACAUUACCUUUGGAAAGGACAAGCGUAUUUCCAGACCUUUUCAGUGAUCUUGAUAAGUGUUCUGGCGAGGGGGUGGUGAGUUAUGACGUUUCCAUGUCAACUCUGAGUGAAGUCUUGGCAAAACUAGAAGGAAAAUCAACUAUCAAACAAGAUUUUGAACAAGCAGAGGUGAAAAGAGACCCAGGAAGCCUAGAUGAAAUGGAGCCUGCUUGCUCAUCUCUCCCUGAAGAGCAGAAGACUGUGAGUGACAUGGCUCUAUGGAGACUGCAGGUCUGUGCAAUAGCACGGCUCCGUUUCUUAAAGCUAAAACACGGAAAGAAAGAACUUUUGACCCUACUAUUGGUGUUUGGAAUUGCAAUAUUGCCGUUGAUUGUGGAAAUGCUACUUUAUGCCAUAUUAAAUCACAACAGUGAUUUGGAAUUUAAACCUGAAUUGUAUUUCCUCUCUCCUGGACAACUCCCCAAGGAGCCCCAUACCAGCCUAUUGAUCAUCAAUAACACAGAAUCAAAUAUAGAAGAUUUUAUACAUGCACUGAAACAUCAAAAUAUAGUUUUGGAAGUAGAUGACUUUGAAAAUAGAAAUGGCACUGAUGACCUUUCAUACAAUGGAGCUAUCAUAGUUUCUGGUAAACAAAAGGAUUAUAGAUUUUCAGUUGUGUGCAAUACCAACAGACUUCACUGUUUUCCUGUGCUUAUGAAUAUUGUCAGCAAUGGGCUGCUUGGAAUGUUUAAUCUUACAAAAUAUAUUCAAACUGAAAGAGGCACAUUGUUUUCUCAUUAUAUAUUCAUUUGGACUGAUCUGCCUGAAGGCUCCUUGUUCUUAGUUCUGGUUGUAUGCAGCAUUUCUCCUUACAUCGCCAUGAGCAGUGUCAGCGAUUACAAAAAUAAAGCUCACUCCCAGCUAUGGACCUCAGGCCUCUACACUUCCGCUUACUGGUCUGGGCAGGCGCUGGUGGAUAUUAACCUCUACAUCCUUAUUCUCUUUGCAACGUAUUUAUUUUUCUACUUAACAUCUUCAGUGAACAUUUACCUCACAAGUCGAAUUGUGGUUGGUCUGGUUGUAAAUACAGUUGGUUAUGCAGCUUCUCUAGUCUUCUUGACAUAUGUGAUAUCAUUUAUUUUUCACAAGAGGAGAAAAAAUAAUAGCCUUUGGUCAUUUUGUUUUUAUGUGAUCACGGUCAUCACAUUCGACUUCGUUGUAAUGCAUGAGUUCAGCUUCACGACCCUGAUUACUCUCAUGGUCUUCUUCCCCUCACUUACCAUAAGUGGAUUUUUCGUGUUUGUAACAGCGAGAAUCAAUGAGCAGCAUAGAACAUUUGAAGACAAAAAUUAUGACCUGAAUGAAGUUGAUCUUCUAGUGUGCUUAAUACCUUACUUUCAGGUUGUGAUUUUCGUGUUUGUUCUAAGAUGCCUGGAAAUAAAGUGGGGGAAGAAAACAAUGCAAAAGGACCCUGUUUUCAGAAUUUCUCCCCAAAGUAGACAUGCUCGACCAAAUGCAGAGGAACCUUCAGAUGAAGAUGAAGAUGUUCAAGCAGAAAGAAUAAGAACAGCAACUGCCCUGACCACUUCAAACAUUGAUGAGAAACCAGUCAUUAUUGCCAGCUGUCUACACAAAGAAUACGCAGGCAAGAAGAAAUGUUGCUUUUCAAAGAGAAAGAAGAAAAUAGCUGCAAGAAAUAUCUCUUUCUGUGUUAAAAAAGGUGAAAUUUUGGGAUUGCUAGGACCAAAUGGUGCUGGUAAAAGUUCAUCUAUUAGAAUGAUAUCUGGGAUCACAAAGCCAACGGCUGGAGAGGUGGAGCUGAAAGGAUCCAGUUCAGUUUGGGGUCACCAGGAAGACAAUGUGGUCAGGUUCCUGGGGUACUGUCCUCAGGAGAACCCGCUGUGGCCCACCCUGACAGUGAGGGAGCACCUGGAGGUGUACGCGGCCGUGAAAGGGCUAAGGAAAGAAGACGCUGUGGCCGCCAUUACACGAUUAGUGGAUGCUUUCAAACUGCAGGAGCUGCUAAAUGUUCCGGUGCAGAAAUUAACAGCAGGAAGCAGUAGAACGUUAUGUUUUGUGCUGAGUAUCCUGGGAAACUCACCUGUGCUGCUUCUGGAUGAACCGUCUACAGGCCUGGAUCCCACCGUGCAGCAACAAAUGUGGCAGACAAUCCAAGCAGCCAUUAAAAAUACCGAGAAGGGGGCCCUCCUAGUCACACAUUACCUGGCCGAGGCUGAGGCCGUGUGUGACCGCGUGGCCAUCAUGGUGUCUGGGAGGCUCAGAUGCAUUGGCUCCAUCAAGCACCUGAAAAGCAAGUUUGGCCAGGAUUACAUUCUAGAACUAAAAAUGAAGGAACCUUCUCAAGUGACUUUGGUGCACACGGAGAUUCUGAAACUUUUCCCGCAGGCAGCACGGCAGGAAAGGUAUUCCUCCUUCUUGGCCUAUCAACUACCCAUGGCAGAUGUUCACCCUCUGUCUCAGGCCUUUCACAGACUAGAGGCAGUGAAACAUAACUUUGACUUGGAAGAAUACAGUCUCUCUCAAUGCACACUGGAACAGGUAUUCUUAGAGCUUUUUAAAGAGCAGGAACUAGGAGAUUUUGAAGAAGAAGUUGAUACAACCAUGAGGUGGAAACUCCUCUCUCAUUCAGAUGACCCUUAAAUCUUCUGGCUUAAUAACUCUUCGUGAAGAUCAUGGAAACUUCUGGUAUAUGUAAUAAUCAGCACUCUGUCUCAUUUUAGAAUUCAUUUAAUAUCAGUACUAGGUGUAUUUUGUAUAUUUGGUUAAUAAAUGAAUACAUUUUCUAAAUAGUCUUCCCUCAGAUUUAGAGGUGAUAAGCAGGCCAUGGCAAAGGCAAUACAAAAUGUUAUAGUAACCAAGGCAUCCAAAGAGCCAGGCACUGGGUGUGUGGUGGAAAUAAAACUACACUUAAAAUUUUUUGAAAUAUAAUUUUUUUUUUACCAUUUAUUAAAAAUUGUCUUGAGAGCAGCAGAAAGGUG